ACUGGAGCACCUACUACGACAAUUGUACCUCCUAAAACAGCUACAACUGCAGCACCUACGACAACUGGAGCACGUACUACGACAACUGCAGCACCUACGACAACUGCAGCACCUACGACAACUGGAGCACCUACUACGACAACUGCAGCACCUACUACGACAACUGUAGCUCCCACAACAACUACUUCUGCAGUCCCUACAACAAUUGCAGCAACUACGACAACUGCAGCACCUACGACAACUGCAGCACCUACGACCACUGGAGCACCUACUACGACAACUGCAGCACCUACUACGACCACUGCAGCGCCUACUACGACAACUGUAGCUUCCACAACAACUACUUCUGCAGUUCCUACGACAACUGCAGCUACUAUGACAACUGCAGCACCUACGACAACUGCAGCACCUACUACGUCAACUGCAGCACCUACUACAGCAAAUGCAGCACCUACAACCACUAUGACUUCAGCAACUACUAAGACAACCGCAACUGCACCUACUGCUACAACCACAACCUCAGAUCCUACUACAACAUUAGUUGAUCUUACAAGCACUACAGCAGCUGAAACUACAACUGUAGGUCCUACUACAACAACUGUAGCUCCUAAAACAUCUACAACUGAAGCUCCGACACCAACCACACCUACUACGACAGCUACAACUGAAGCUCCUACGACACCUGCAACGACAACUGCAGCUCCUACGACAACUGCAGCUCCUACGACAACUGCAGCUUCUACGACAACUGCAGCACCUACGACAACUGCAGCACCUACAACUACUGCAGCUCCUGCGACAACUGCAGCUACUACGACAACUGGAGCACCUACUACGAUAACUGCAGCACCUACUACGACCACUGUAGCUCCCACAACAACUACCUCUGCAGCUCCUACGACAACCUCAACUGCAACACCUUCUACAACUGCAGCUCCUACAACGACUAUGACUGCAGCAACUACUACGCCAACCACAACUGCACCUACUGCUACAACCACAACUGCAGAUCCGACUACAAUAUUUGUUGUAGUUUCAAGCACUGCAGCAGCUGAACCUGCAACAACUGUAGGUCCUACUACAACAACUGUCGCUCCUAAAACAGCUACAAGUGCAGCAACGACAACAACCACACCUUCCACGACAGCUACAACUGAAGCUCCGACAACAACCACACCUACUAUGACAGCUACAACUGAAGCUCCUACGAUCACUUCAACAGCAACACCUGCAACACCAACUGUAGCUCCUACGACAACUGCAUCUCGUACGACAACUGCAGCUACUAGGACAACUGCAGCUCAUAUGACAACUGUAUCUCUUCUGAACAUUACAACUGAGGUACCUGCUACUGCUCCUACUACAUCUACAUCAGCAGCGCUUACGACAACCACUGCAGCUCUUACUACAACAUUUGUAGAUAUUACAACUACUACAACUAGAGCACUUGCUACAGAAACUACAAUUGCACCUACUACGACAACCACAAGUGCAGCACGUACUACGACAACUGCAGCACCUACGACAACUGCAGCUUCUACGACAACUGCAGCUCCUACGACAACCACAACUGCAGCUUUUACGAGAACUACCACUGCUCCUACUAUCAACAGCACCAUAGAAGCUCCUACUUCCACAACCAUAACUGAAGCUUCUAUAACCACCACAACUGUAUCUUCUACUAUGACAACCACAACUUCAGCUGCCAUAAUGACAACUACGAAUUUAGCUCCAACAAUGGCAACUCCAGCUCUUACAGCCACCACCACCAUUGUAGCUUCUAGCAUGGCAAUUCAACCUGCAGGUCCUACAACAACGACCACAACUGUUGCUCCAACAAUGACUACGACUGCAGCACCUACAAGUACAACCACAAUUGUACUUCCAACUUUUACUUCAACUUCUAUGGUUUCAGGGACAUCAACAACUUCUAUGGCUUCAGGGACAUCAACAACCAGAUUUGGCACAGUGGUGGUUUUUGUUAGAUUGGUGUUCCAGCUCAACACACUAGUCCCCACUGAGGAUGAUGUCCUUGGUGUCAUCAACAAGCAACUGUCUCGUCAAUUCAACAUUCAGAGAAGCACUCAGACCACCUUCCAGAAUGCAACUUAUAUCAAACUUACAGAUACUUCAUUUGCCGUCGAUCUUGGUUUCAAAAUAACCAAUGUAACCAUGGAGUCUCAAAGAGAUAGACUCACAUUCACCAGCGAGACCUACAACAAGAUACAGGAUUCAAUUAACAACCUACUCCAUGAAAUUCUUAGUAAACCAGAUGGCAAACCAUUUGUCUUUCCCAAUGCCAACUUCACUAUUGUUGGCACUCAAAUCAGGGCAGACAUCAUGUAUGUAUACAAAGAGGAAGACGUCAAGCUCCCUAGUGCUUUUCUAGAGGAAGUCUUAAAAGUCUCAGGUCUCCUAACAACCACGGUUGCCCCAACAACUACCAGUACCUCACCACUUCCAACCCUUUUGCUGACCACUACUUUCAAUACCACAAGUAAUGGAGGUUUUCCUGGCUGGGCUCUGGCCAUUAUCAUCCCCUGUGGCAUCGCUAUCAUUCUGGUACCCCUGUGGAUCCUGCUAUGUUGCAUGCUAUGUGGCUGUUGUGCAGCUGCAAGGAGACGCUGGCACAGACGUAGAUCUUACAAUGUACAUUACACCACCAGAAACGGUUUCUUCUGAGGUGACAACGCUGACAUCUGUGGGCAACUGUCAUCACAAGAACAACCAAUCAUCUAUAUCUGCUAAUCACAGGACUUUAAUGCAUGGAAAAUUCCUUGUUACGAUAUACAAUUGCAUCUGAAAAGAUCAAGUGGGGAGUUGCAUAUAUUUUUAUCAUAAAAAGAAAAUUGAUAAUGGGUUUAAUAGGCCACAUGUUUUUUGUGCAAUGUACUACGUUUUAUAUUAUAGAUAUAUGAUUGUUAAUCAAAGAUACAGCUGAGCUGAACAUGGAAUGUUUAUAUAUUUAUUAGCUAUGUCAUUUGUGGUUUCAAGCUGUGCUAUCCACUUACUAAAACGUUUAUCACUUAUUUAUUUAAUGUGUAAUAAGCUAGAUUACAAUGUUUAUUGUUGAGUUUUGUUAUUAACUCUCUUGAUUAACUAUGAACUAAUUUAUUUUCAACUGCAAUACAGUACUUGUUUCUUCAACUUACAG